AUGGCUCAUAUCUGCAAAACAAAAGCUGCGAAGUUCAAUGCGCACACCCUGACCAAGCUUCAAGCGGCUAUCGAGAAGGAUCCGGAGAUUGACCUAACAGCGAAAUUGCCCUUGAGAUAUUCUGAUCGAUUGAAGGAAAUGCGCCAGAAUGAGACUGCAACCUCGAUCCAAGACCACGGAGAAGACGACAUUCGCGCUUCGAUCUUCUCGUCCGACUCGGCUGAGAUGGUUUUUCCUCUAUCCGACACAGUUCAGGAUCUGCUUGGAACGUCUGGCUCAGCCGCAGAGCAGUCGCAUUACCUUGCGCAGCAAAUAAUUGAAAUUAUAGGCUCAAGCAAGGUUAUCUGGAAGGGUCCCUUUGCCCGUCGGAAAAUGGUCCUGAGCUGUGGUCAUAAUAUCAUUCUAAAGGCUGUGCGAGACUUAGAUGAUACGACUGAAUACACAACACUACUCUACCUUCACCAGCAUAAACCGAACAUAGCCGCACCAAAACCUCUUGGGUCCUUGCCGUAUGAAACGGGCACACCCUUUGGAGGACCUAGUGGCGAAGGCUGCAAAGACAUUCGAAGACAUCUUCGUCGGAGUCUUGAACCUAUCUUGACUGUUGAUGAAUUCGAAGAUUUUCUUUUCACCAGUAAUCGCGCUGGUGGAGAGUCACCUUCGCCUGCAAUCGUUUUCACACAUGGUGACCUUCGUCCAGAAAAUAUUGUCGUAGAUCUGAAGGGGAAUGAAUGGACUAUUACUGGACUUAUUGAUUGGGAAUAUAGUGGGUUCUAUCCAGAGUAUUACGAGGCUAUCCGGUGUACAAACUGCAUGGCGCCUUAUGAAGAGAAUGAUUGGUACCUAUUUAGACCAGAUUGUGUAUCACCGAAACGAUACACGCAUUGGUGGCUUCUUGAUCGGGCUCGAGAAGUGAGAGUAGUAUAGAUUUGAGAGCAUCAC